GUAUUUUAUCAACAUUUAUCGCAUCAGUUGUUGUACAUAAAUUUGGUUUAGAAUUAAAAAAUGGUUGGAGAGUUGCUUUAUGUUUAGCAGCAUUUAGUCAAUUUGUUGCUAUGAUUACAUAUUUAUUAUUUAGUUCAAGUGAACAACAAUCUUGGGCAUAUUCACCGACAUUUGAAAGUGUUGACAAGACUGAUAAUGAUGAUGUUGAUGAUGAUGAUGAUAAUAAUAAGGAGAAGAAUAGACCUAUGGAACAAAUCAAUCAUUCCAUGAUUUGA